AUGGAUACUUCGUCCAGCGGUUCGUCGGCGUUGUUGUCGUCGACGACAAUGAAUGGCAGAACCAAUUGGUCCUCCAAUUCGUCUCAAUUCUUGACCACAAUUGAAGACAACGUCUCCAACGCCUACUAUAAGUACGGUCUCAUCUGUUCCCGUCAUCCGGUGUUUGUCAUUGUGUCCACACUUAUCAUUGUCUCCAUCUGUUGCUAUCCAUUGACUGGUAUUCGGUAUCUUUUGGGCAAUUCUUCUCAAAAGUAUAUGACAUCAGUUGACAACAUAUUUCCAUCGGAAGACACGGCCGGCCAACGACCCCAACGACCCCUUCCCGACGCCAAUCCAAUCCCCAAUUGGUUUGCAACGAACCAAUCGUUUGCUUUCAUUCAACAAAUUGUUGUCAAGUCUUCAGUGAUUCCCUGGAAAGACAAUCUGAUUCUUAUGGACGCCAUUCGGGCGCCGCUCUCGCAGUCAUUCAAACUCAUGGAAACCAUUUCCAACUACCAGUUCCUCAAUGGCGAAAGAGCCGAAAGUCUGAAUAACUAUUGUUUCCAAAUAUCGGAACCGAUCGCCAAAAUGGUCGACAAACAGUCGGCCUCUUAUUUGCCGAUGUAUUCAUGUCUGGCGUUAAGUCCGGCCAACAUCUGGCAGAACGACAUCAAUAAGUUCUUAAUGGACUCGACUAUCAUUAAGACGAUGUACUCAAUCAAAGAUCUCGCGUCUCCUCAUUCCUCCGGAAGUCUUCGUGAUAUUCUGUUUGGCGUCCCGUGGAUGGAGACCGGCAUCAAACGACUCUACGUCCGCACCCGACAGCGAACCAUCACUUUUGCCAUAACACUAGUGCUGUCGACUCAAAGCCAACAAUAUAUCGACGGUUUGACCGCUUUUUUGAAAGACAAAUAUUCAGUGAAUUCGUUGUCAAACGCCAAUCAAACAGACAAUGAAACCAAUGAUGAGGACGAAGAGCUCACUGUCACUCAUAUUUAUUUUCAAAACAAAUUCACAUUUUCUGAUUUUGUUCCUCUUUUGGCCACUUAUUUCAUGCUAUUUCUAUACAUGUAUUUCUCUGUCCGAAAAAUCGAUAUCAUUAAGAAUAAGUGGGCGCUCGCCCUCUGCUCUGUUCUCACUGUCAUUAUGUCAUUAAUGAUGUCUUUAGGCAUCUGUUUAAGACUGGGCUUUAAUCCCACAAUUAAUUCCACUCACAUUCUUCCAUAUAUUGUCAUAAUAAUCGGUCUGGAAAAUAUGUUAGUACUGACAAAGUCUGUUGUCUCGACGCCCGCACACCUGGACAUCAAAGUAAGAGUAGCGCAGGGCAUGAGCCGCGAGGGCUGGUCUAUCACCAAAAAUCUCAUGACAGAGAUAACACUUUUGACGUUUGGAUUCUUCACAUUUGUCCCAAUGAUUCAGAAAUUAUGUCUUUUCGCAACCGUCGGACUGCUCACUGAUUUCUUCAUUCAGAUUACGUUUUUCGCGACCGUCUUAUCCAUUGAUAUCCAACGACUUGAGCUCAACACUAAACCCAAUACUAAUGGCUACACAAACGCACAGAAGACCCACAGCCGUCAUAACUCAUCGACGGACAACGGCGUAAUAUUCGGGAACCGUUCGUAUGGCCAGAAUGUGUUCGCGCGGCCAUCGAAGCCGAGUCACUUCAAAAUGCCUAAACGGCUGCGAGUGGUCUACUUUGUGGCGCGAACUCGUUUAGUGCAAAGGGCUCUCAUGUUAAUACUGAUCGGUUGGAUCUCGUUUUUGGUCUACAAUUUUGAAAUUAUCGAGAAUUUGAGCCACGAUUCGCAGCACAUGUCCGGCAACCCUGUGUUCCAGUUCGCCAACUUUGGCACCAAUCAAAUGCUGUCUAAAAAACCACAAAAUGCUCAACAAAUGAACACAAAGGCGGCCAAAGCCGAAGAAAAGCUGGACAACAAUCCGAAUAUUACGUCAGACGCGAGUCAAACGCAUCGUUUGGUUCAUCACAAUCCAAAUCUGUGGAAAUCGUUGUCAUCGCAGCACUGGUCGGCACUCUUUAACUACUAUAACCUCUCGCUGUCCGGCAAUUAUAUAUCGAUUUUGCCGCCAAUACUUCUCUCCAUACCCGUCAGCCCGGAGUCUGCGGCCCAGAACCGCAAUCCCGCUGAAAGCGAUCCGCAAAUCUUUCGGCAAUUUCUCUCUCCUCCGGGUCUCCAACCCAUUGAUCCCAACGACGAGAGAGACGACAAUUUCAAUUUGAACGCCGACUCGUUUCCGCACAUUCCUCUGCAGUGGACUUCAGCCGAAAUCUUUAUAACAGUGGCCCUAUCGGUGCCGAGUAUUAUAUUUAUUAUAUACGUGUUUGUAUUGAUGUAUCGAUGCAUGUGUUCACGCAAUUACGCCGAAUGGCGUGACUCGUGGUCGCAAACGCUGCGGUUCGGCAAAAGUCAGUCCAACAAAAAGGGGACUUCGAGUUACGACUUGAUUGACUUCGAGACGAAUCCCAUUCGACUCCAAGACCACGAACAAGAGCUCAACCAUUUGGCCUCCAAUAGUGACACACCAUUUGUUGUGUCGGUCUGUAUGGACGGAGACUUAAAGAUAUGGGACGUCCUGUCGGGCGAGUGUCACACGUAUAUCAAACGCUUUACGACUGAACAGCCGGUUGUGCGCAAACGUUUCCAACCAACCCAUAAGCCGAGCGGCAGUUUCUCGUCCGACUCGACGUACGGCUCUUCGCCCGGAAAUGCGAACGACUUCUUAACCGAAAUACCGAACAAUAAUUUGAAUCAAAUUUCGGAAAAGCAAUCGCCACUCACUCACCGAACAAUGAGCGCCGGCAGUAGUGAUGGCUAUAACUUCACGCCAUAUCUGAAUCAACAAACGUCUUACUCUUCACAAAACCUUUUAAAUGAAUUAAUACUUAACGCAGCGGUCAAUACGGAUGAGAUGUCCGCCAAUGAGCUCUCAGUUAAUCUCAAAACUGAAUCCACGCUUCUGUUUGAGCCCAUCUGGUGUUCGGAUAUAUUCGGGAAACUGGUUAUCACCGGCUGUCGCAACGGUCGCAUUGAGGUCUGGGACGCCCUCAACGGUAAUCUCUGUUUCUAUUACGAAGAGAACAAGAGUGGUGUGACUGCUCUCAAGACGACAAACACCAAACUAGUGGUCGCGCGGAUUAACGGCACGCUUGAGAUAUUCAAUUUGGAAAUCAUUAAUGGCUUUAGUGUUAGCAUAUCGUCGACGUCUCAGUCGAGUCCACAUCCGGCCAAAGACCAAGUGAUUCGCUAUAAUCUCAUGCAUUCAAUACGCGCUCACUUACAGCCAAUCACAGCACUUCAAAUUGAAUCCUCAAACAUAAUAACCGGUGGUUUGGACCACGUGUUGAAGGUAUACCGUAUGGACACCGCUAACUGUCUGUUCACACUUCACGGCCAUUGCGGGGGAAUUACUGCCAUUCAUAUCGAUCAAUAUUCUCCGUCGACUGCGAUCAGUGGCUGUCAAGUCGGACAGUUGUGUGUAUGGGAUGUGUUGACCGGCACGUGUGUCUUCAGCCUAGAGGCACAUAUGGACGCGUCGGUGACGGCAGCCAUAGCCACUCCACUCUAUUUCAUCAGUUCGGGAACAGACAAUCGCAUUUGCAUUUGGGAUAAAUAUUCUGGUCAUUUGGUUCAUUGCAUACAAAAUCAUCACAGCUUCUCUAAGGAAAUGCUUUUACUGACGCCUAAUAUAUUGGUGACCGCAAGAGAAGAUCAUUUGGUUCUGUUUGACAUCUCGGAAGCGGUUCCCAUCAGAAUCGUCGAAUUGGACGCCAAUUGCGAUAAACAAAACUAUAUUAAAAACCUUAAAAUGUCGUCUCAAAGUCGGGCCGUUGUCUGCGAUUACGGCAAACAGUUAUGCGUUAUUCACUUUCCCAGCGUUACUGAAAAAAGCGAUUAA